AUGUCACAGCCACAACCUGGCGUGAUCCCCUAUGGCUCCAGCAUCAUCCACUCCGAGCCCGUCGACAUAGCCCGACCUAUCAACCUCGACAACAUCCGGGGCAAAACAAUUGUCAUCACGGGAGGUGCUUCGGGAUUUGGUGCAGCCUGCUUCCGAGAAUGGGCCUCUCACGGGGCCAACGUGAUCAUCGGGGACAUCAACGAGAGAGCCGGUACCGAGCUGGUCGCCCAGGUGCGGCAGUCUACGGGGAACCAGAACCACCAUUUCCUCCCUCUCGACGUGACGAGUUGGCCGAGCCAGGCUGCCUUCUUCAAACAAACCGCACGGCUGAGUCCUCAUGGCGGGAUCGACCAUGUCAUGGCGAACGCUGGCGUGGCCGACGCACCGGAGCAGCAGCUCUUUGAGGAGCCGCCGGACUAUACGAAGAUGGACGAUAGCACUCCGCCCAGGCCGCCCAUGCGGACGCUGGACAUCAAUCUCAAUGGCGUGCUGUAUACGACGCACUUGGCCAUAUCAUAUUUGUCCCGCAACCCGGGGAGCGAGAAGUGCCAGGCCGGUAAGCAUUCAGGGACGCGAGAUCGACACCUGAUCCUCGUUUCCUCCAUUGCUGGGCUGGCGGGCCUACCGGGACAGUCACUCUAUACGGGAGCGAAACACGGUGUGGUGGGGGCGUUCCGGGCACUGAGACUCACGGUCCCUUUGACGAGUGGAGUCAGAGUAAACAUGAUCAACCCAUAUUUCGUCGACACCCCGAUUCUUGGGCCCCUCGGCGCUCUCGUCCUCGCGGGAGGCGGAAUGGCCAAGAUCGAAUCGGUGGUCGAUGCCACGACGCGCCUCGUGGCGGACCAAGGCAUCAUCGGCCGAGCACUCGUGAUAGCCACCAAGACUGCUGAGAAAGAUGCGAAGCUGAUGGGCCUCGAGCGAGCCGUCGAGGAUCAGGCGGUCUGGGACUGCUACGCGGACGACUUCGAGCAGACUGACCUAUUUACGAGACGGAUCAUUGGGGUCACGAACCUGGUGACGCAGGCCCGGGGAUGGGUGGGCAUGUGGACGGAUGUAGGGAAUAACUUGUCCAAGAAGCUGUGGAGGGCAUUAGGAUACUGA